GAAUAAGAUGAAUAAUUUACAAAUAUUAAUAUAAGUAUCAUAAUAUAAUGUUUAUACCAAAGGUCACUUUCAUAAAACACAAUUUUAGUCCAUUUUAAAGGUUUAAACGAAAAAUAUUGUGAAUAAGUCGCUGAACGGUUGGGUCGCUACUUUUUUAUGGGAUAAAUACUUACUUGAUCAGGGUGAAGUGAUUUGCGCUCCUUGGAUAAAUUUCAUGUUAGAAGCUUAAGUUGAUGCCGUGUUGUUCUACAUGAUAAUACAGCCCUUUUGACGCACGAAUGAGAGUUAGUUACGGUUAAAAUGUUGUUUCAUUCGGCCAUGCAAGUUAAAUACGUAAUUGCUUUGAAAAGCGGAGUAACAGGAUCCAAUUUACACAGCUUCCGAUAAAAUGGAAAAUUAAUAUUUCAGAAUAUUCUCUCUCACUGAAAUAAUCACGAUUGGAGUGUCCUGAUCAAAUUCUACAGGUAUGGCUAACCGUUUCACUGUGGUUCUUGUCUUAGUGUGUGUUCUGUUUGGAACAAAUGUGAAAUGUUCAGAGAAAAAGGGAGUUGGUAUGGCACCGGCUCAGUUUAUGUGCGAUGACUUCAAAGCACUCAGUAAUAUGAAGUGGUGGUAUGACUGGGCUGCCAACGGCGACAAACUACGCAAAAGGAACAACUGCACAGACUUCGCUCAGUAUCUGCCACUGCAUGUGCCAAUGACUUGGGGAAAUGGGAGUACAUUUCCUAAUUAUAUAAUCCAAGAGGUAGCUGAGUAUCUUUUAGGUUUUAAUGAACCAAACCACCAGGCACAGUCAAAUUUGACUGCACAACAAGCAUUUGAACUCUGGCCGGAAGUGAUAACCCUUGCAACUGGGAAGAAGCUCGUGAGUCCUGCAGCGGCACCGUGCGGUAAGAAUUGCAACGGAGAUGCAUUUGAAUGGUUCGACGAAUUUUUCAGGCUCUGUAAUGGCAAUUGCAAAUUAGACUAUCUUGCAACGCACGUAUACUAUUGUGAUGCAGACAGAGUUAUGAAUUAUCUCUUGGAACUGUAUAACAAAUAUAACUUGACAAUCUGGGUGACGGAGUUUGCAUGCCCUGGCGAAACAGACCCUGCUAUAGUCCUGGCAUUUAUGGAAGCGAUUUUGCCACGGCUGGAGGCAGCAGAUUACGUAUUUAGGUAUGCAUGGUAUAUAUCACGUUUGAUAAAUACAAACAUGUAUGUCAAACCAGCUGUAAGUCUACUUGAGGCCGACUCGUCCACACUCACAACACUUGGAAAGUUCUACAACAAUUUUGGCGAACCAACAACAACAACAUCUACAACAACCAGUACCACCACUACCACCCCUACUACAAAUACACCCUCAUCAAAUAGUGAUAGAUGCAUGCGCAAUACGUGCUGUCGCAACAAGUCAUCAAAGAGGAGAAGGUAAUUGUGGUAUGACUAAACGAAAGACACAAUUAUUGGUUAUCUACACUGGCACAUAUAACCAUAUUUUAUGUGUGUAAUCAACAGCGUUUAAAUAGUAAUUAGUUAAUAGGAUAUUUUGAUAUUUCAGGUUUUUAAACGUAUACGUUAUUGCUAGGUUUCCUUUCAUGGUGAUAUGUAUUUGAAUAAAGACUCUAACGUAGUGUACAUAUGUUUACAAAUAUAAAUACGAAUUUCCUAUCUGCAUUAUUGUUUUCAAACAAACAUACAGACUAGUGUCUAACGGUCAUUUGACUGUUUGAUAUUAGUCAAACACAUACUAACGAUUGUUAAUUUGUAAGUCAGUCGACUGAGUUUUGAUCGGGCUGUUGUACAGCUUCAUUAGUGGCAAUUUAACGCAUUUUUAAUUAAUGAAAUUUGAUAAAUUGUCAGGGAUUAUAUCUCUACCAAACAUACAUGUAUAUAGGUUUGUUAUAUAAAAAAUGUCGAGUAAACUUUUAAUUGAAUAAUUACAUUCUGCAAAAUAACAGACUUGAAAAUACGUUAUGCAUGCAGGCUGAAUAUGAAAUUUACUUUUUCUUUAGCAGUAAUAAAACAUGCGUUUACUUCUUUAUAAUUCACAAACUUUAAAGACAAUUGUCGCAUAAAUGUGACUAUUACCAUUCGAUUUCAAAGGUACUUCUACACUUUUUUGAAUUUCUGAAGGAACGUCAGCAAACAAACACAAUUAGUCAGAAAAUACGGUAAAAUGUAUUCUUGCAUGUUGUUAAAGGAAUAAUAAAGUGGGGUAUGUAGAUUCCUAAUCAUAUAAAUUUUAAACAUUUAAGCUGAUUUAUACUGGUACGAGGGGCCUUCGUAAUCGUGAGGAUAAAAUCACAUUUCCCUCACCCAUGAGAGUUUAAGCGUCACUCGGGACGUUUAAUUCUUCAUGUGGGAAACCAUCCAACUGGCUUACGGAAGGUCGAUGGUUCUGCCUACGUGCCCGCCUGUAUUAAAAAAAAAUAAUGCACGGAGGGGCACCUCGGGUCUUCCUCCGCCCCACCGUCAAAAGCUGGAAAGUCACCAUAUGAUGUAUAAUUGUGUCGGUGCGACGCACGUUAAUCAAAACAAUAAAAGAUAUAUUGGUACGAUAAUAACAGCUUGAUCAAAGCCCAUGGCACUGUUUUACAAAACCCCAGCAUUGUAUAACAAAAACCUUUAUUCAAGAUUAUUGAGUUAUUUUCAUAAUUCAUUUUAGGCUAAUUGCAAUUCGUACUGAUACUCAUAUCCGGCAUACGUUUAGUACGGACACCACUGAACAUGUUUAUGUCUUAAUUAUGACAUAUUUACACAGCUUCUGGAGUUCACAAUGAUACACCUUUGUGACUCUGUUUGCAAUUUUCGCUAUCGUGAGAAACAUACAUGGCGCAUGUUGUAACGUAAAGUUAAAAUCGUUCGCUAUUGCAAAAGCGGCCGUUAAAAGACGAUUUUGUUGUCUUAGAUAUUUAUGGAAAAAAAUGUGCACUAUUAUAUUAAUUUACACUUGUAGACUUUAGAUAACAACAUUCAUUUUACAGUUGCCCAUUUUCUUAUACAGCUAUAAAUCGACUGUUAAACGAUUAGAAUUAUACAAACUAAAAAACUUAUGGAGUAACAAUGCUAAGAUGAGAAAGUUUCAGUUGUGCAAAUGAAAAAUUUAAAGCUAUAAGUAUGCAUAAAAGUUACAGCUGUGCAAAUGUUAAAGGUGUUGAAAAGGGAAUACUAUUUUGGACAAAGAAAACAGAGGAGGUACAAACAUUUGUUUGAUUAAUAGCAAUUCUCUAGAAAAGCAAUCGCUAUAAUAUACUAUAUAAUGGUACAUUCAAGGUAAAGAAAAAUAUGGAAUAUGUUUACAAUAUAGCAGAUUCAAAAUUUAAGAAUAACAAGAAGAAACUGUGCAAUAGAUAUUGUUUGUAAACUCUUUUUGUCAUGAAAACAUAGGGAAAUCUCAUAAUAACUUCUUUUUGAACUUACCAGCUUAUAAUGUGUUGCAAAUAAUUAAUGCAUUUGUUUAUGCAAGUUGUUUUUUACAGCUACAUGUAAAAAGAGAUGUAGUUUUUUGAGACAUGGAAGUUAUACAGCUGUGACGUUUGACUGUAUUUUCACAGCUGUAUUUUUGUUCAAAAUUAAACGCAUAUUGUUUUACAAUUUUGAUCUUCUUCUUCUUGUCGUUCGCGACUACACUGUCAGACCAGUAGCCUCGAUGAAACUUGUGGUUUGCCGCAGAUCCUCAAUGCCUCCAUACAGUUUCUGGUGGAUUGAGGUAUCUAUCGGCCAAGUCGCAGCUCGCUCCUGGUCAUGCCUUUUACAUCUCUGUAAUAUACAAUUUUGAUCAUUUACAGACGUUUUCUACCUGUUAAAUACGUCCAUUUGCCGUACGUGAAAUUAUAAAUAUAAGAUUGCAGUGAAGUAAAUUUCCUUGGGUAUUAAAUACAGUUCAAAUGGAGGACUUCGGCAUCCAUACAUUUAAAACACAUUCAGUACAAAAUGUAGAACAAUGGAAUGCAAUUUCUGUACUUUCUUUAGAGUUCCUUAAAGCUUUGUACUGUAUGUUAAAACAGAUAAAGCGGAUGUUCAGAUAUGGACGAUGCAUAUACUUAAAAAGAAUAAAAAAACUAAUUUUGUAAAUAAAUGCCAAGUAACUGAUGCAGUCACCUACAUAAAGGGAGGUUAUCGAAGAUAGGAUUUAACAAGAACAUUUUAUAUUCUAUCUUUGUAACAAAUCAUGUGACAGUCAAAUUUUUAACAGAUUUUAAGGCAUUAUGACCCCCUUUAACUUUCUUAAAUUAUCAUUUAAUUCAGUGUCUUUUGCAGAAAAUAAUCGAAAACUACUACUUUUUCUCAACACGUUUAACAGUGAUGGUUUAAAAUAGUAUAGAGACAUCGCAUCAGCUAGUAUGAAGUGACAUAGUAGGUUUUGAAUAUUGCUUUUGUAUUUUUAUGCUUUUUCUGUGAAUUUAUGACCAACAAAAAGUACAAAUUUAUCUACGAAAGAUAUAAAUGGUAAUCAAAUGCUUUAUUUAUAUAUAAAGUUUAUAUUGUAAACAGACAAUUAUUUGUUGAUUAUGUUUGAUAAUGUUUUCGUUAUCUGAAAAUAUUUACAUUAGUUAGAUUUUUAUUUUCAUACGUGAACAGUUUAAUAUGUACUUUUAUAUAUAUAUAUAUAUAGCCUUAGACAUACUUUUCGCUCACACUCUUAUUCAUAGAGUUAUUUUUUCUUCUAUUGAUCAGUCACCCAAAAUGUGAAUAUUCAUUAGUAGUAUUGAAUUACAUAAAUAGUUUAUUAAUUAUUAACUAGGCAAACUUUUGGCAAAUUCAAGCCAUACAAACGAUAGGAUGAUCAUUUCUGUAUCUUACAUCUGCUUCUUGUCAUUCUCUGAGUUAUACACUUUAUAUUAUAAUUUUGGUAUUGUGUUUAAAUAAAUUUUACAAAACAGAAAAAA